AUGGCCUUCAUCACAAGGCUGACAAUUUUCAUACUUCUCUUCGGUGUAAAUAUUCUUUGUCAAGAUGCCAAUUAUCUGUCUUCACAACAACAUCAACGAAGCAUUCGUACACCCAUAGAUUUUGAACUAUAUAGAUCAUUUCCCAGAGAGUGUGCUCCUGAAUGUCGGUGUGUACCAUCAUUUCCUUUGGCUAUGUACUGUGAUAAUCGAAAACUCACAAAUAUUCCCAAUAUUCCACCGCAUGUGAGAUAUCUUUUCCUUCAGUUCAAUGAAAUAGAAAGUGUUCCAGAAAAUGCUUUUGUUAAUGCAACAUUGCUUCAAGAAAUUAAUUUAAGUCGCAAUAAAUUGAAGUCUUCCAAGAUCGCCAAAGGUGUUUUUGGCAAACUCAAACAUCUGAUUACUCUUAACCUAGCAUACAACAAACUUGAAGAAAUCCCAGCUCCACUACCUAACAGUCUUGAAAGACUUUCUUUGGGUUUCAACAAAAUUACUAAACUACCUGCUGAAACUAUACGAUCAUUGAUAAAUGUUACAAUUUUGGAUCUUGGUAAUAACCGACUCCCUGAUGGUGCAGUCAAGGGAAAUCAGCUUGGGAAAAUGAAGAGUCUCCUACAGUUAAACCUGCGCAGUAACAAACUCAAAUCCAUGCCUGGAGACCUUCCAGCUUCUCUACUACAACUUUCAGUUGAAAACAACUCUAUAUCGUCCAUCCCAGCAAAUUACUUCAGAAAAACUCCAAAUCUCAUUUCAUUAAGGAUGGCACGCAAUAAGCUUAAACAAGUUCCAUAUGGCGUGUUCAACCUCUCAAAACUAAUGGAACUGAAUCUAGGUCACAACCAACUGACUAAAACUUUCUACGUUUCAAGAAAUCUAGAACACCUGUAUCUGAACAAUAAUGACUUUACAACGCUUAAUGUUACCUUGAUGUGUCCUACAACCGACAUAAUGAAUCCAAACCAUCUGACCUAUAUUCGGCUUGAGAAAAAUAAGCUGCGAGGCCCUUUAAAUACAUAUAUCUAUGCCUGUUUUCCUCGUCUUCGAAACUUUGUUUUUGGUGAACAGGAUACUAUACCAGUUGUUGAAACCCAAGAAGCACCUGAAUUGGCUGGAACACCAAUUUGAAAAUCAGAUCAUUGAAUUAAUUACUAAUUAUAAUCUAUAUUAUGCACUAACAACUUCCAAAACAUAGUAUGAAGCUACUUUUUCUACUACAUAUAAGCUACUUAAGCAAAAAUGUAUAAUUCUUAUUGUUUAAUUUCUCCAUUGUCUAAUUACUUCAAAUUGUCUCAAAAAUCAUGACAAGUGAAUACAAGUGCAAUCAUUUAACUCUUAUUUUCAAGUAAUUUUUCAAAUUAAGCAUUUGGCAAAAAUUCAAUUAAGAGUUAAAUGAAAAAGUUACCAGUGCUCAAGAUCAUGUCCUUUAUAUUUAUGAAAUUUAUGCUCUCAUCCCUUCUCCUUCUUCCCAGAAACAAGAUAACUUUCAUUCUCAUCAUCUUUUAUCCAACCACCAUGUAAAUUUAAUGAAUCAAUCCACAUCAUUUCUGACCCAUCUACAAUGUGAUGAAAUUCCAUAGGCAUGUUCUAAUCUCUUCCCUUUAUAACCUGAAAAAAACUCUUCUUCCCUCUCUACAGAUGUUCCCUGACCCGCUGAGUAUUUCCAGCAUUAUUUUUUUUUAUUUCAGGAAAAAGACAUUCAUCUUUAUUAGAUGGGACAUCAUCAGAUAAAUAUUAAAUGUGCAAUGCCACUAGAUUUCAAGAUUCAUGAAGAAACAGUAUUACCUACUCUCAGAACUUAACUUUGCAACUUCUGAUCUCAUCUUACAGUAGAUCUAUGCACAAUGCAACUAAUACUGAACCAGGAGAAGUGUUCCAAAAAAAAGUCAAUGACAUAUAUUCUAGUUCUUAUUUGUAAUUAUUAUACCAGUGAUACUCAAAUUAUCAAAGUAAUCUUGAAUAUAACAUGAACAUUACUGAUUAAGGAAAGAUUGAUGGUCAAGUAAAUAAAUAGCAAGGUUGCUCAUAAAUAUAAAAAACCAAGUCAAAAUCAUUGAAAUAGGUGGAGAGAACAAUUGUUGCAGGGGAAUAAUUAUGUCCAAGUCAACCACCAACCUACACAUUAACCAAAGAUAGUCUUCCACUCUAAAUAUCCAAUAUCACACCUCUCUUGCAGUUUUACCUAUGCCAGCCCCUUGCUCAUUUUUAUCCAUGUACAACUGUUCUCAAAUACUUGACUAUACAAUACAGCAUUCAUCCGCAAUAAGUGAAUGAUAAUAUUGUGAAGUCAACAUGUUUAAAAAACUUUAUCUUUAGGGUUUCUUUAGAAUAUCUGAGUAAAUCUAAUUGAAAAGCUUAAACACUUGCAUAAAAAGCAGUAUUCAUUAUACCAUAAGAUGUAGGAGCAGAAUUAGGCCAUUUGGCCCAUUGCGUCAUCUCCGCCGUUUCAUCAUGGCUGAUCCAAUUUUCUUCUCAACCCCUUCAUGAAAGAACCUUUCUUCUUAUAACACACUCAUCAAUCAUUUCCUCUUUAAAAUCCAAUGACUGACAUAUCUAAAUCAUUCCAUCAUUGACAACUAUAACAGAUAAUCACUUUCUCAAAAAAGGAAGAUUGAGUUAACAAUCCAACAUCUGAGAUGAAGUUCUGUAGGAUUAAAUACUCAUAUUGAUGUUACUGAUUUUAAUUCUCAAGAUCUUUUUGUUAUUAUUAAGCCUAUUUCUUGAAAUAUUAUAGCUAAGUAUGACAUUUUCAAUGUGACACUCAAAUGGAUAAUUUUGUCCGCAAGGAACAAGAGGGUAUGAUUACAUACAUAUGCCUUUGUAUCCAACUGUAAUAUCUUUAUUUACUAAUGUAUUGCAUAUUUUCUCAUAGCUAUCACUAUAUAUCAUCAACAAAGUAAGCAUUUUCCUCGCAAAGAUGGAAGACCCAUUCAUAUUCCUUCAACAAUUUUAUUUUAACAAAUAAAAUGUAUAGUAAACAUGCUAAAAUUUCAAAAAAGUCAUAACCAUUUUGAGACAAACAUUGACAGAAUACAUGCCAGGAAGAGAAAAAAUGACUAUGUAUGUAUAUUGCCUUUGAGAAUCUUAGUACUUCAGCUCUUUGUAAAGUAAUACUGUACUUCCACCAAGGCAAAUGGAAAUAGGUGAAGAAAGGGACAGUGAAGAAAAUGCAAUGCAAACGACAAUUGGUAGACUUUGAAAAAGGGACAGGAUGAAGCAAGUGGGUAUAGUAUGUCAGUCAAAGAAGAGGUAGGAUGGAAGGGAACUGGUGAAUUUAGUAUACAUAUACAAUUAAUUUGAAAUGGUGAAUAGAUAGCCACCUUAGUAUGAACUCUGUCAAUUUAAUUCACAUCUUAUGUAAUAAGGAAAUGGCACAUGUAUUAGAUAGAGCAAAUGUUAACAACUAAGCAAUAGUAAAAAUAUUUACUCCAAAAUUAAAGCUAUAUCUUGGUAUUUAACUGACGAUG